AUGGCAAAUCCCAGAGCUAGGGUCUUCGCUGCGGCCUUGCGCAGAGCACUGAAUGAACCUGACAAGUUGGAAGCCAGUCGUAGUCAUUUCCCCAAUGCUCCGACAACUUUGACAGGGACAAAUGAACAGUGCAAUGUCUUCAACUUUCAGGUCGCAGAGGACAUGCAGCACGGUACCCAUGCUGGGUCACCUAACAAGACGGUGCUUGCGGGAAAAAACCUUUCUUGCAACGUCUUCAACAUUCAGUGCAAAGCGGGCACAGAGCGCGGCUCGGCUGUUGAGUCAACACAUAAGACGAUCCUUGUAGGACAAAACCGAUCUUGCAAUGUGUUCAACCUUGGUGUGGGCUUCACUCUGAGUGAGCUUUUGCAGCCAGCGAAGCCUGAUUGUGACUCGCCGCCACCUUCCCAGAAUAUCCGGAAGCGUCCUCCUCCACCUGCCUCUGAUACGCCAGCUGCGAGCAGGCCUCGUUCAAGCCGCUCAAGAUCGCCUUCGAAUGCCUCUGAAGCACCAGCAGCUUCAGAGCUGACAUGGCGUUUGGACGGUGAGAACUCUGGUCCUCGCGAAGUGGAUUUGGAGAGCAUGAUGAGCGAAGCGCCAGAUGCAGAUGACCAAGAAACUUCAAAAUCCAAUGCUUUUGGUGAAGACCGUGAGAUGUGUGAUUUGGAAGCCAGCGCAGUCUGCUACGCCUUGCCGUGGGAUGAGCAGAAGCUUUAUUGGAAUCUCUUUCUCCAGGAGUCAGCCUCAUUGAACCACUUUCUUGAUGAAAACCCUGAGGCUUCGAUGAAGGACUUCUGCAAACUCUCCGACAAAGAGAAGUUUGAGUGGAUCCCCAAGGAUUCUGUGGCCCACUUGGCAGUGGUCAGCAGGUACCAGUCUGUUUUGGCAUAUGUGGCAAGUCGCGGUGGCUGCGACAGUCCUGACUCUGACAGCUCUGACAACGAAUUCCCAGAAGCAUCAGGAUCAAAAGAAGACGGAGCGUCGGACCGUGGAAGCAAAGCUCAGCCACCACAACCUUCCGCGCCGCAAGCCAAGCGACCGGCUGAUUCUUUGGAGGUGGCUUCAGAGAGAGCCCUCAAGAAGGAGAAGAAGCAAGCCGAGGCAUCAGAAUCCCAGGGAGUUAUGGUUCCCGUGCAGAACGACAUCAUGAACCUAGUUGACAAGAAGUUACAGGAGCGCAUGGAAGCCAAAGAGGCGAAGAGGCUUGAGAACGUUGCCAAGGGGUACCUGAAGAAACAAGGCUGCAACUUCAACAUGCAUUUCCAGGUUGCGCACAAAGGCUUGGUCAAGCUUGAACCUUUGAUGUGCCAGCUAGUCCAUCCGUCCUUUGUUAUUUUCCUCUUUAAGGACCGUGGGUGUGGUGCAGGAGUGCCCCGCUAA